AUGACGGACAACAUGAUAUUCACCUUAGACUCAUUCGACGAGCGAUUGUCGGAGUUGGAGCGUGGAAUCAGACCAGUCCAGGCAUCCACAAGACAUCACCAAAUCAUACACAGUAACGUGACCAAGGCGCUUGACGCAGCAACCUUCAUGAUCGAGCAAUACGAGAAAUUCCGAGAGGUUGCGAGAAUAAUUGAGGAUGGCGGUUCAAGAGAUAUAGUGAAGUACAGGCAAGCUCUAGACCGAUUGGCUGGCAUCAUCGCAUUCUUCGAGCGACACGCAGAACAAGGAGAUGCUUCGCAUGCGCUGUUUUGCGCGAAGAAGCUCAUUCAAGAAGGAAUACGGAACAUGAAAGAUGCUCUCAGAAAGGAACUGCUGGAACUGAACGAUAUUGACAUUUCCGACGACGAAAGGGGAAACGACGGGAGUUCGGUUCUUGUCUCUCGCCUUGUUGGUUUGGUGCAAGCACUGGUGAAGCUGGGCUUUGCGGAAGACUGCGUCAAGAUAUAUGUGGAUGUGAGGAGAACCUGUGUUGAAGAGUUUCUACAACGUUCUCAGAUUGACUGGAAGUCCUUUAAAAUAGCUGAUCCUGCUUCUUUGAAGUGGAAGGACAUUGAAGGAAAACUUCAGACUUGGAUGCACAUGUCAGCUGUAUUGACGAGCACGGUGAUGAGCACCGAGGGCCUCUUAGCAAUGAGAAUAUUCAAAGGCAUGGAUGUCUUGGGGGCGAGGGCUAAGGCUGGGGCUUUGGCUUACACCGUGAAUAUUCUUGUUGACACUGGGGUUACCUUCACCAGUGUUCUCAAGUCACCUGAGAAGCUGUUUGCGACUCUUGACAUGUACGAGGCCGCAGAAGAACUUUUGACACAGAUCACACUGGAGAAAUGGGAUGACGUUGUAAAGCGAGUUUUAUCUCUUAAGGAGAAGUUAUGCCUGGUGACUGUUCAAACCAUUCAUCAGCUCGAAGCAGCGAUUGAUAAUGAUGACAGCAAGCAGCUUUUGAAUGGCACAGUUCACCCUCUAACCAGCUAUGUAAUCAACUACCUGAAGUGCUGCCACGAGCGCUCUUCAGUUUUAGAGCGGAUGUUUGUGGAAGUGAAGAAAGGACCUGGUUCGUUCUCACAGCUUACCCAAUCAAUACUUGAGAUGUUGCUGAAGAACUUGGAUAAGAAGUCUAAGCAGUACAAGGAUACCAGCUUGGGAUGCGUUUUUAUGAUGAAUAAUGUGCAUCACAUUGUGCACCAAAUUCAGAGGUGCGAACUUAAGGAAGUUCUUGGGGAGGCGUGGUUGCAACAGCAAAAGAAAUUUGUUCAGCAAUCGGCUUCAGCCUACAGACAUGCGGCUUGGGGCAAGGUGUUCAGCCUUUUAUCUCUCAGUGGAGAAGCAGCUGCAGUGCAAGCAGACUUGCAGUCGAUCAGCAAAGGCACUAUAAAAGAAAGGCUCAAGUUGUUCAACACCACGUUUGAGGAGCUAAUAGCUAAACAGCGGCUUUGGGCUAUUCCUGAUGCGGAGCUUCGCACAUCAGCCCAGCUUCUUGUGGGAGAACUGGUUGUCCCAGCUUAUCGAUCAUUCCUCUUCCAUGCGAGAUCCAAAAUGGACCAGCAGGUUCGUCAUUUCCCUGGUUCCAAGGACCCUCUGGUCAAGCAUAAGAAGUACAGCUUGGAAGAAGUAGAGAGCAUGAUCGGACGAAUGGCGGAUUCUCAACAAGCUUCACGACCCAUGGCGGCUGAAAAAGUCGGUUCCCUGCCCGUAGACGGUCUGGGAGCGCUCAAGCGGAAGGGUGCAACUCGGAAGCGGAAAAGAUCGCGCGGAGAUUCAUUGCCGAGCGAGAGGGAGGUCAAGGCGGCUGCUGUUUCCGGUGAUGAUGAGACUCCUGCUGCACUUCUGGCUGCGGCAAGAAUUCUCGCGCGACCGUCAGUCGGUUUUGCAGAAGCGUCUCGGGCUAUCACCGCUGAGGAACGCCUUCAUCAGGCCCUGGCACAUCUGCCUCCGCCCUUGUCCCGUCUACUCUCUCAGAAUUCCAUGACAACUGUGCCUCUCGCCUCCUCACCCCAACUCCCUGGGCCCAGCAUGACUGCCUUGACUUCCACCCCUCUUAUGGCGCUGGAAAAUAGCUGUGCGGACCUUCUUAAGGGGGUCCCUCCUUUGCAACCUUCCAGCAGUUUGGACCUUCUUACCGGGAAUUUUCAUGUGCGAUCUUCCAGCCAUGAAGAUUCUCUCAACAGAACUUUUCCCUUGCUUUUAUCCAGGCCGGUGGGGUCAGUGAACUCCUCAAACCCACCCACCCAUGGGACGCUGGCACCGUUCAGCUGCAUGGAUCCAGCACUCACCUGGUUUUCUCCUGCAGACGAACUCCAGAAGCUACAGGCAGCAGCGAGAAAGCUUCAAGUGCCAUUCACGUAUGAGUGCAAGGAGUGUGGAAGGAUUUUCAACCAGCUUCAAUCUUUGGGAGGACACAUGUCCAGACAUAGACGAGAUGAAAGGCGGAGGAUAAGGCGCAAGAAAAAGGUGGAAGCAGAUGCUCGGAAGGUGGCACAAAGCUUAUGUGAGCUGCUGAAAGCAUCGACGUCCCCUGAGAGCUUUGGCUCGGCUGAAUGUCCUACUGAUGCUCUUGAGCAGAACGAGCUGAGGAGCAACAUCCCAGCCAUAUAUGUACCAGAUGAGCAGCAAUCUUUUCAGGAAGUUGUUGCAUCUCAACAGGAGCUCCUGCUCUAUAAGCAGUUACUGCACCAUCAGCUCACCAUUCUCCCAGACCGUCUCCUGGUGCCUCCUGCAUCACACCUGCUGAACCAGGUUAUUCAACAACAUGAGCCUGCCACCCCUUCUGCAGCAGUCCAGGACAAUGACACGCGUGAAGUCCUGCCAGUCCAGGAGAAUGACACGCGUGAAGUCCCGCCACCAGGUGGAAUCUCUGGGUUUGUCGGGGUGAAGAGGUGGGAGAACGAGUCCUUGGGAGGGAAAAGAGACGAGUUUUGGAAUGUGCCCAAGGGAUUCUGGUCUUCAGCUGAGCAGCAUCAGGAUGCAACUGGUAGUGAUAGUACCAAGCGUGCUAGCUCGGGUGGCUCACGCGAGCUGGACAUUGAUUUGAACUUGAUCCCUGCAAGCGAUGCAGAGAUUUAA